GGCCCGGCCCGGCUCGGCUCGGCUGUCUCGGGAUGGCGCAGGCCGCGCAGAGGCUGGCCAAGGCCGCCGUCGCCAAGGCCCCGCAGCUGCUCUCCGCUGCCGCCGCGUACUCGAGGCCGCGCCUGGCCACCUUCUGGCACUACGCCCGCGUGGAGCUGGCCCCGCCGACGCCCGUCGAGGUGCCCAAGGCCGUCGAGAGCGCCCGGGCGCUGCUGCGGGCCUUCCGUGCCGGCCGCCUGGCCCAGCUCUCCGUCCGGGAGGCCCUGAGAAACGGCCUGGUGGCGACGGAAGUGCUGAUGUGGUUUUACAUCGGGGAGAUCCUCGGCAAACGCGGCCUGGUGGGAUACAAUGUUUGAACGUCUUUUGCUUUUGAGUCUGUACUGCAAUCCUAUUAAAUUACGAUGCUGAGAUGA